AUUUUUUUUUAUCUGCUGCUGCCUUGCAACUUUGAGGCGAGGCCGGGCGGCGUGGACGGCUGAAAAUCAGAUUGGAAGGUGAAUUGAGGACUGCCUUUACAUCGGGUGCCUUCAGUCAUCGUGUUCGUAUGUUGGCCACCGGAGGCUGGUCAGAGCAGACAAGGUCCACUGCACGUCGGAGACAAUGAACUCAUGAGGGCGUUGUAGCCCCCAUCCCAUGACCACCUUCAUCACCGCCUCUCGUUCUUCCAUGGUGCUGGCAAGAUCCAAGAAGUCCGAUCCCAAGGGUUCUGACCCAGUUCCUCCAAGAAUCACUUCCAAUGUGAAACAGAAUUUACAAUUCCUAAAGCUAUGGAGGGAGUACAAUAAACAAAAAUCAAGUGCGCCAAAGCCCAUGACCAGCUACAGGAGGAAGAAAGCUUCAAAAGAAGAGCUUCCAGAUGAUACAGAUCUAUACCAAGAUCCUACUACAAGUCUUUACUAUACAAACCAAGGACUGGAGACAGCAGUUCCUGUUUUGCUUGUUGAUGGAUAUAAUGUAUGUGGCUACUGGCCAAAGCUUAAAAAGCAUUUUAUGAGUGGAAGACUUGAUGUUGCUCGCCAAAAGCUUAUUGAUGAACUGGUCUCAUUUAGUGUGCUGAAGGAGGUAAAAGUGGUUGUGGUCUUUGAUGCCAUGAUGUCAGGCAUGUCUACUCACAAGGAACACUUUGCAGGUGUUGAUGUCAUUUUCACAGGUGAAACAUGUGCUGAUGCAUGGAUUGAAAAGGAGGUUGUAGCUCUGAAGGAGGAUGGUUGCCCAAAAGUUUGGGUCGUUACUUCUGAUUCCUGCCAGCAGAAAGCAGCACAUGGAGCAGGUGCAUUUGUGUGGAGUUGCAAGGCAUUGAUUUCAGAGGUAAAGUCUUCACAGAAGGAGUUUGAACAGAUACUUCAUGAAAGCAGGUCUACUUCAUUCCAAGGGAAACUUCUUAAACAUAAUCUAGAUCCGCUAGUUGUUGAUGCUCUAAAGGAUCUUAAGCAACAGUUAUCUAACAAUCAAUCGAGAUGAUCAGUUCCUAGUUUCUGGUGCGAUUUCCUCUAUGUUCUAUACAAGUAGCUCUGCAAACUAUUCAAUAAUCUGUAAACUUUCUUUAAUUUAUGUAAAUAAUCGUAGAAAUGCAAUGUAAGGUAAAAGCAGUGACUGAUUGAAUUAAUUUGAUCAUUUCUUGUUUGAUGA